AUGCCUCGGAGGGCAUGGCAGCGACGUAACCUCCGGCGUAAUAGAGCUGCGGAUGGCAACUCGUCCACAUUCGAAUCGGAAGGGCAAUCCGCUUCAUAUGCUGGGGCAGCGCCGGCGCGGAACAGGCAGCGAAGGUCCGGUCAAGAGAGGGGCAACGAAACGGACUCUAGCGUCGGCUCCGUAUCCGACUCAGAGCCUGAGGAAGAAUAUGGGCAAAGGCGACGCCCUCCUGCGGCCCCACGGACGACUCUGGCAGCACAGCCCCGCCGGCGGCACAGUUCUGUCGAUGUUUUGGACACGCCUUCGGGCUCCGAGUCCGAUUCCGAUUCCGAUUCCGAUUCCGGCUAUUGUUCUCUUGAGGAGGAUGUUGACGAGAGGGCUGAAUACUACGACGACCUGUUGGAAAGGUUCCGAGCAGAGGGUCCUACCCUCGCUAAUCAUGGAAAAAACACGAAGAAGAUGGAAAAGGAACAGGAGAAAAUAUGGAACAAGUUCUGCAGACGGCGGAAACUCGACCCAGUCGAAGCGCUCAGCCAGUGUGACGCCCCUCUCUUCAAGGUCUAUUUGGUAUGGAGAGUCAAGAACUCGAGGAUCAAGAAGGAGUCGACAAUAAUGACGUACUGGAAAAUUCUCAGUAUGAUCUACUCGCAGAAAACAGCAAGUUGGAUGAAGGAGGACGUUUUAUACGAUAUUCGCAAUUGGAUCCACACCUGGCUUACUCCAACAUUCGGUCUGGACACUUCGACGAAGGAGAAAGCUGGCCUGUUCGUCGAAGACUUGGCUGUGCUUCUGAACCAUCAUUGGAUACGCGAUGAAGAGGUGUUUGACCACGAACGCUUGCGCGUGCAGUUAGCGGCUAACCUUAUUCUUGCCGGUGCUACCGCCACACGGCCAGGCGUCCUUAUCGGCGAACUGCUUUACGAGCACUUGGAAUUCCAGCUAUUUCCGCCGCUACCGGGAGAUAAGCGGCCGCGUCUCGUUCUGAAAGUCAACUUGGAACAUAUUAAACGGUCAGGCGGCGAAUCGGACCCGAAGGAAUUCGCCUUCCGCGAAGACGACAUGUUGAUAUAUGACCCGCUUAUCCCCAUCAUGGGUCUGGCAUUUGCCGAUGGGGCAUUUAUUAACGAGUUCAAAGAUCCCCAAGAAAUCUACGAACUGGUCGUCCCGCCAAACUUUAUCGUUUCAUCCUACGAGGUGCCUUUCGUACAGUGUUGCCUUGUGCUUCUGUGUCGAUGA